CGGCAUGCUGGUGUGAGUUGCUUAUGUCGCUGUAGUGCAGAAAGAGGGGGAGAGAACAGAAACGAAAAGAGAGACUGUGCAAAACAGCCCCCCCCUCUCCGGGAAAUGGGUCUCAGGCUGAUGAGUAAGGCAAGAAACUGUAUCGCUGGUGCAUCUGAAGCUACACAGCUAUGGAGGAAAGAGCCCAGUAUCAAAUGAGGGGAGAUUGUGAUUGGCCCCUGCAACCUGUGGUGUAUUUGUGUCUCCAGUGGAUCAAAUACACUUUCUUACCUUAAUAAUCUUCAGUCAUAUUUAAAAACACACACACACUCGCAUGCACAACGCCUGAGCCUCAUCUCUUUAAGGCUUCACUAUGGAAGCCUGUUUCCAUCCCAGACUAAAAAAUAUAAAAGGUUUGUGCUUUCUGCAUCCUUGUAUUGUGGGUGCAGUUACACCCUCCAACCGCAUGGAGGCGCAGCAAGCUUCUCCUGAUAGCAGCAGUGAGGAAUGUACUGUACUAGAGGCUCUGCCUGGCAAGGGAACAACACUAAUUUGCUCUCAACACAAAGGAAAAGUGUCUGCGCUGUACUGUUUGGCAUGCGAGAAUGCAAUAUGUGAGGACUGUAUGAAGGGAGAACAUUCUGAACACCCCACUGAUUCACUGGAAAAUAUUGUGGACCAACAACUAGCGGCACUUCAGGACAGAGUGGAUUCAGCUAAGAACAGGCUUCCUCAGAUAAGAGAAGCAGUUCAGUGUUUGAGAGACAUUCUGCAGCAGCUGGUCACUCAGCGGAGCUCCAUAGAGGAGGACAUCCACUCCUCCUUCAGCGAGCUGCACAAAACUCUGGAUACGCGCAAGAGCGUCCUCCUCAUGGAGCUGGAAGUCACUUAUGGACUGAAGCAGAAGGUUCUGCAGGCUCAGCUGGACACUCUUCUACAGGAGGAAGCUGCCAUCAACCAUAACUGCAGCCUGACCGGCGAGGCCCUGGACGGGGGCAACAAGGCUGUCGUUUUGCAGACCCACAAAGACGUAGGAGAGAGACUGAGUGACCUUGCCAGCCAGGGCCUUCCUCUUCAGCCUGAGGAGAACGACCAGCUGGAUCUCAUAAUGGAGAUCGAAGGGCUUCGCAAGUCCAUGCACAACUUGGGCACCAUCGUCACCACCAAUGCCGUGGCCAGUCAGAGCGAGGCGUCUGGGGAGGGUCUGGAACAGUGUGUUGUGGGCCAUCCGGUAUCUGUCAUCAUAACCACAAGGGACAAGGCUGGAGGACUGUGCAAGACGGGUAACGCCAUCAUCUCGGCUGAAGUCUGCACGCCGGAUGGAAGUGUUGCAGACGGCGAAAUUGUGGACCAUAAAAAUGGGACGUAUGAAUUCCAAUACACGGUGAAGAAAGAGGGCAAUUUUAGUCUAGCACUGAGACUUUAUGAUCAGCAUAUUAAAGGAAGCCCCUUCCAGUUAAAGGUCACAUGCUCUCCGGAUGAUUCUCCAACCACCACCACUGCAGCCAAUGCUGCAUCCACGGGUUCCAGCGAUGGCGGGGCACGGAAACGGAGCGCCAAGUCCCCAGGGAGCAGAAGCCGGCAGAAGGGCGUCCGGCGGGGAGGAAGCUUGUUCAGCACCCCAAAAAAGAAAGUGAACCCGAUCGAGGAUGACCUCAUUUUUAAAAUAGGAACAAAAGGGAGGAAUAAAGGAGAGUUCACUAACCUCCAGGGAGUAGCAGCUUGUUCAACAGGAAAGAUCUUAAUUGCCGACAGUAACAAUCAGUGUGUGCAGAUAUUCUCAAAUACGGGAGAGUUUCAAAGCCGGUUCGGGGUACGUGGCCGCUCACCGGGACAACUGCAGCGGCCCACUGGAGUAGCUGUGCAUCCAAAUGGGGACAUCAUCAUUGCUGACUAUGACAAUAAGUGGGUUAGCAUCUUCUCCAGUGAGGGCAAAUACAAGGCCAAGCUGGGCUCAGGAAGGCUGAUGGGUCCGAAGGGAGUGUCUGUGGAUCAGAACGGUCAUGUUAUCGUUGUGGACAACAAGGCUUGUACGGUUUUCAUCUUCCAGCCCAGCGGGAAACUCGUCACUAAGUUUGGCAGCCGGGGAAUCGGCGACAGACAGUUUGCAGGCCCACACUUUGCAGCAGUCAACAACAACAAUGAAAUAAUCAUCACAGACUUUCAUAACCAUUCUGUCAAGGUAUUUAAUGCAGAUGGUGAAUUCUUGCUCAAAUUUGGCUCAAACGGCGAAGGCAACGGCCAGUUCAAUGCUCCCACAGGGGUUGCUGUGGAUGUCAAUGGGAACAUUAUUGUGGCAGACUGGGGAAACAGUCGGAUACAGGUGUUUGACGGAAGUGGAUCGUUCCUGUCCUACAUCAACACCGCUGCCGACCCUCUCUACGGGCCGCAGGGCCUCGCUUUGACCUCGGAUGGCCAUGUUGUGGUGGCUGAUUCUGGGAACCAUUGCUUUAAAGUCUACCGCUACCUACAAUGACUUCAGAGGGACUGGAAAAAGAAACAAAGUCAAACUGUAUGUGUCCAAAUCUUGCACUUAAUGUGAUGUAAUGGUAUCCUCCCUCCUUGGUUUUGACAUCUUUUAGUAUUUGUUAUUACUGUCGAAUGACUCUCUAAGAAGACUAAAGCUUGUUAACACUAUUUAUGGGAUGCCUUGGAAUGCCCUUGCCAAAGCUCCACACAUUACGCUGUGGAAAUACUGAGACAUCAGAAUGCAUUGGUGAGUGUACUACCUACAGUAAGCUGAAAACUACAGAAAGCUGCAUGUGGGAACCAUGCAUGAGCCGCCACCUUUCGGGCAAAUCCGAGUCCCAUCUG